GUCAAACUGCCAAAACAAAAGUUCCGUUCACUUCGUUGUUAAAAGCACAAACGUUUCGCGUCGCAAGGAAAGCAAACGCUUAAUCCGGCGUGUUGAGGUGUUACAGAACAAGCUUUUUAGAAGGUUUUUGAAUGGCGGCGGCCGGACGGAGGUUACCGAGGUUAGCUGCAGCUAGCUUCCUCCGGUAGCAGUGACAUUGACAGCUGAGAGUAUGACUGUCAGAUGAAAAACAGGGGGAAGUUUAACGUCCUCUGACGGUUAUUAGGACAGUAUGAUGAGGAAUUUCAGACCUCAGAGUCAGAGUUAAAGUAGAAAACUUGGCAGCUGUUCGGUGAGUGAAUCGGGAGCAGUUUCAUCACAAGGACAAUGGUUUUACUCUCAGUUAGUCUUUUCAGGAGCAGUCGCUUCUGUUCUCUCUCUGCACGUGUGACACGAAACGUCCAGGUCUACAAACAAGCUGGGUGUCCUCCGAAGAAGACACACUCUGUGUCCUCUCUGACCGGCUGUCAAAGAGCUGCCACUCCGACUGGACCACCUGUGUUAAUCCGUAACAAUGGACCGACAGUGUGUUUCCAGAUUAGUCCCAAAACCACUUCACCCUUCCACUCUGGUCCUGUCCAGGCACAGUGCGGACACCACUUCCACACCUCAGCCCCCCUGAGGGCCCUGCCUGCUCCUUUCAUAUGGCUGGUGCUGAAACCUCUGCAAAAGCUGGUGGCUAUAAUACUGGGCAGGAGUAUAAGGAAGUGGUGGGUGGCUCUACCAGACAACCGCCGGCAGCUCAUGCGCGAAUGGGCCUGGCAGCGCCGCUGGCAUCUGGCAGCAGGGGCAGGUGUUGCCAUGGUGAUUGCAGCUCUCCUUCUCCUGACCCACCUGGAUGAGUCCCCCGUGACGGGACGGAUACGCCUCCUGGUGUUCAGCAAAGAGGACUACAUGAAGCUGGCUACUGCACUUUCAGAGGCUUACAUGGAGGAGUUUGCAGAGCUGCUGGUUCCAGUCACUGACCCUCGUCACAAAGCAGUAGAGUGGGUGUUGCAGCAUCUGGCACAAAGGAACAAGGACAUCCCUGAAGUGUCCGGUAUCACCUGGAGAGCACAUGUGGUGCAGAAUCCCAACAUCAACGCCUUUGUCCUACCUAACGGGAAAGUGUUCGUGUUUACGGGGAUGCUGGACGCCGUGGCAGAUGUUCACCAGCUCACCGUUGUCCUGGGACACGAGAUGGCUCACGCAAUAUUGGGGCACUCUGCGGAGCAGGCCAGUCUGUCUCAUGUCGUGGACCUCCUGUCCCUUAUUCUGCUGACAGCCAUCUGGGCCGUGUGUCCUCGAGACAGCUUGGCACUGCUGGGACAGUGGGCACAGGACAAGCUCACACAGCUGAUGUUCAGCCGUCCCUACAGUCGGAAACUAGAGGCUGAGGCUGACAAAGUCGGAUUGCAGUUGGCUGCUAAGGCGUGUGCAGAUGUGCGAGCGGGCCCCGUUUUCUGGCAGCAGCUGGAAAUCAGAGACCAGCUGACAGGAGAGUCCUCCAUCCCCGAGUGGCUGUCCACACACCCGUCGCACAGGAACAGAGUCACUCAGAUGGAGUCCUUCAUACCACAGGCUCUGGAGUUGAGGGAAAGUUGCAUCUGCCCUGCUCUACCUGCUACUGACCCUCGUGUAGUCUUCACCAAGAGCGUCCAGGUGCUGCUGGAAAACGCUAAGGACCAGGGGAGAGGACUGCCAGAGAGGGCAAGCAAACCCCACCUGCCCCAAAGUCCUGCCUCACUCCCCAAUGUACUGCCUGCAGCUCUGCUUGCCCAGAAUGCACUUCUUCCUUCCCCAAAUGUGGAUCAAGAAAUCAAAGGUCCAGCCCCAUCUGUAGCUUCAGAGACAGCUGUAGCAACCCCUGUCCCUGCUCCUACUGAGGGUGACAGACCAAAGGACGGGGUGUAGAUCAGUAGUUUUUUUCACUGACUGGACUAUUUACUACAUCCAAAAGACAUUUCAUCAUUUAAAUUUCAGGUGCUCAGAAAUUGCUGCACAGGUACUAAAGGGGUAAAGUUCCCACCAACAGUUGCAAAGAUCCCUGUUGCUGCUCUCAGGACUCCCACUGGAGGAUGGAGCUGGGCGUGCUUAUGUGAAAUGAAGCGGCUGGAGUUGUUUUAAACGAGGAGAAAAUCGAAAAAUUGAUGGAAGAAGCCAUCAAAAAUAAAUAGAAAAAAAAUCAGUACCCCUCCUAACCUCUCCCUCUACUACAACACCAUGCCUAGUGACUACAAAGAUGCCACAUUAAUUAGAUAACCUCGAACAGGGAAAUGCUGAAUUAAUUAGUAAAGCUCCCAUACAUUGCAGGAUUAAUAUGUGCAUUAUUCAUCGGCACACGGCAACGGACGAGAGUAAGCACUUUGUGUGCUCAUGUUGGAGGGUGUGUCCAUGCCAGGCAGAGGACAUCUACAUUCUCAUUACGACUCCUACAUUCUCAUGCCACACACACACAGCACUUUCUGCAUUCUCUUGCCCGAGGCGCUUAAUGGUGUAAAUUUAUGCCGGGUUGUUUGCAGGUUUUAAAACACGGCCUUCUGCACAGGAAUGCCAAUAUCCACUGUCAAGCUUUGAGAAAUCUUUCAUGGGAUUUUGUGAAAUCUUAUUUAACAGGGAAAACAUUCUUAUUUACAGCAACAGCUUGCGGGAGCAGUCACGCAGUGAGGAGGGGAGGGCGGUUAUGGUUCAUAUCUUGAUAAUCUUUUAUGUGUGUUGAAACAAACACACUUGGUUAUAAUGUGAAAUCAAAGGAGUACUACUGUGUUUUCAUUUUGGGAUGAAUUGCUUUAUUUGCGUCAUGUUUUUUAGGUACAGAGUCUGUAUCAGCUUACAAGACAUCAGUCAGGAGUCUUACAGCUGCUGUGGAUGAUUUGUUUUACUGCAGACAGGGUAGGUCUAUAUUAGAGUCUGUGUCUGUAAGUGGCCAGUGAUUGGUUUUGUGCUUACCAGCGCGCCGAAAAGCCAUUUCCACUGCCUUUCCAUUACAUUUAAAAUUCAAAUGGAUGAAAAAUGUACAUUUAUCAACAAGAGGAAUGAGGAUUAUGGAAACACAAUGUGUUACGUACUGUGUGUGUCUGCGUGUGUGAGAGAAUAUGAGAAAAUUAUCAGUCUAUGUGACAUUGCAUAAGAACAUCAGAGCACUUCUGUCGUCACACCAACCAAUUAAGACAGUGGGUGAAAGAUGAGUUUCUUCUGAAGUGUUUCUGUGUGUGUGUGUGUCUGUGUGUGUCUGUGUGUGUGGUAGCAGCAGCAGUUAUAGCAGUUACUCAUUGAUGCCAGGCUCCUGGGGAAAUUCCUGGCUGGCCUCUCACAGCUGAUCAGACAGAUGUAAAGUCUGGAAAUCUCGUAGACAAGAUUACACCCAGCCAGCCGUAAUCAAAUGAAAGCUGCAGAAUUCCCAUCAGUCGACCUCACCGCAGCACUUUAGUAAUGUCCUCCAACCGUUUCAAGUUCUUGCUUGUUGAAUACAAAGUGAAUCUUAUUUUAUUUUUGUGUAUUAAAGAGCGUUAGAGCAAC